AUGAUCCUUCCUGCCACCCCUUGCCACUCCGCGUCCAGCAAUCGGAGCGGCAAGUUCAGCUUGGAGAAGUUGGCCCACUUUGCUGCCUUGUGCCGGGAGAAGAGCUCCCAGUUCCACCAUUAUGAGCUGGAGGCACAGCUGCUGGGGUAUUGCUGCCUGCGCAUGUGGAUGGACCUCACGCAGUCACCUGGGGGCCAGAAACGCUUCACGCAGUGGGUCUCAAACCUGACGCUGGAGGCCAGCAGCGAAAGGAAACGUUUCUGGAGGCACGGAGCGGCCCAGUAUGUGAGUCUGCAUGCCAUCGAGGCACUGCAUGGCUUGCUCCAGCUCCAGUCGCACCAGGAGACCUCGCUGCAGUCCUUUGUGGACCUGUUGCAGCGGGUGGGGGAGGACAAGCGGCUGAUGGAGCUGGCGGAGGCGGGGCAGGACGACUGGAUCCCGCUGGAGGUGGUCAGGGACUUUGCGGCGGGCCUGUACACCGGCUUCGCGGAGCUCAUGACCGAUGUGUGCCCGCCGGAAGAAAGCGUGGCCCUGACGCAUGCAUUGUGA